AUGGGCGUCGCCUCGAUUCUCCUCACCCUCUCUCUCCUCCCCCUCUCACUCUCUCUCCUCCCCUCUCCCGCUUCCCAGUGCAUCCUCCAAGCUCCCAGCAACACCGCCUCUACUCGACCUGCAACUCGCUCCCCCACUCGGCGCCUCUCCUCCACUACACCUUCCACCCCUCCACCUCCCUCUCUCCCUUCGCCUUCUCAGCCCCUCCCGCGGGCCCGCCGGCUGGGUCGCGUGGGCCCUCAACCCGGCUCCACCGGCAUCGGGCCGGCUACCAAGGGGGCCCUGGUCGCCUUCAGGCAGGCGGCGGCGGGGCGUGGGGGUCAAGACCUACAACAUAACCUCCUCCGGCCAUCGGAGGGCCCCAUCGGGUGGGGAUCCAGUGUCCGUGGACGGAGUGCCAGGGCUAAGCCACGGUUCGGGCCGGAGAUUUGGCGGCCGAAGGGGAGGCUGGAUCUGGUUCAAGGGGUGAGUAGCGGGGGUGGGGUCGAUUCCGCCUUGAAGAAGAAGAAUAUACAUGGAGUGUUGAAUGCCGUGAGCUGGGGGAUUUUACUUCCAAUAGGAGCCAUAAUCGCUCGGUAUCUAAAGACAUUCAAGUCAGCAGACCCAGCUUGGUUCUACCUUCAUGUUUCGUGCCAGCUCAUCGGUUACAUCCUGGGAGUUGCCGGUUGGGGAACUGGGCUUAACCUAGGCAGCAAAUCGAAGGGAAUAGUAUACACCACUCACAGAAACAUUGGAAUUACUCUCUUCAGCCUUGGCACCUUGCAACUAUUUGCAUUGCUUCUGAGGCCGAACAAGGAUCACAAAUACCGCUUCUACUGGAACAUCUACCAUCACGCGGUAGGGUACACUGUCAUCACACUGGGCGUCGUCAAUGUUUUCAAAGGUCUGCAGAUAUUAAGCCCCGAAAACAAAUGGAAGGAAACUUACAUCAUUGUGAUAUCUAUACUGGGCGGUAUUGCUGUUUUGCUUGAAAUUUCAACCUGGGUAAUAGUUCUCAGGAGGAAGUCUGAUAAAUCCUCAAAGCUCCACGAUGGCUCCAAUGGCAUAAAUGGGAGAGGAGUUCAGCAGCCAUUAUCGGCAUAAAUGUUACCAUCCAUUUUGUACCCCCCUUGAUUUUCAGGAGAUUGUGUGGUUCUCCUACGCGCUGUUAUGUGACAUAUGAUAUAUCUUCACUGGUUAUAAAUAUACGUCAGUUUUAGCCUGCAUGAAAAUUUUACAAAUCAAGAGAUGGCUUGGCUUUUACUUCAAUCUUUUGUAUCAGAUGCUCUCGAGUUCUGUUUAUGUAAAGUGGAAGAAACCAUGGGGUUGAGGUUCCGUGGGGUUGUUACUUACAGAUUGGAUGAUGUGGGAUUAAUAAUUUGCAUCUUUGUUCA